UUGAUAUACUUUCUCUAAAUAACCCGAAAGUCCCAAAUCUAAAAUUUUGAAAAUCUUUGCAUCAGCGCCACACUCCUUUUGGCGCCUCAAAUAAAACUUAAAUAUAUAAUCGGAACGAUUCACACCCUCAAGCAAAAAGAUAUACAAUACACAAUGGCACCGAAAAACACCCUUUCUCUUCCACCGCCAACAAUCCCAAUCGGAAAUUGUCAAGUGAGUGUUGAAGCUAGAAACUACAGCUAUGAAUCCAAUCAAAACACACUUCAAAUCUCUUUGUCCAAAUACAAUAAAAUUAAUAUUAUCGUGUCCGAGGAUGCGAAUAAGCAAGGGUUUGAUGAUGCUAAUCCUCGUGGUCACGAGGGAAAAGGUGAUUACUGUUUUGUGGUUAUUAAUGCGAAAGAUGAUGAUCCUGAAUCGAAGUCUAUGCUUCAGGAGGCAUUGAACAUGUAUAAGAAAGAAUUGCCUGCUAUGAAUUAUGCGGCAAAUACUGGGAAGAAAUCUACAUUUCUUCAAAGAUGCGUGUCAAAUGGGAAAUUCUGCACUUUACUUGUGAGAUUAUCUUCUGAGGAAGGAAUUGGAGAGGUUCUUUCCGCAGUAACUUACCAAAUAAUUCCCGCUGAUUCACUGUAUGCUGAAAUUCCUCUUGCUGCUGUUCGCUCAAUCAACCAACACAAGGGGAUUGGCCAUCUCAUGUACAUGGAACUGAAAAGAAGACUGCAGAGUGUUGGUGUCCGCACUAUAUACUGUUGGGGAGAUGAAGAGUCUGAAGGAUUUUGGCAUAAACAGGGAUUUGUACCGGUUGGAGAGGUGAACACCAAAGGUAGAGCUCGGAAACUACCUGUUAGGGCUGAUGUUCGUAGAGCAUUAUGCUUACCUGGCGGCUCAACCCUUAUGGUUUCUCAUCUUGUUAAAGAUUUAGCUAACUCUACAGAACCUUUGAAUCAUUCAUCUCCGCCAAAGCUAUUAACUUGGUCUUCACCGCUUGCUAUUUGUGAAGUUCAAGAGCCAGGAGGCAUAACAAAGGUCCUGGAUCCUCCUAAUAACUCAAUUCCAGUGACUCCCGGCUCUUCAUCCCAUGAAGCAAAAACAUUGAUAUCGGAUGCAGGUUGCCGGGAUAUGGUUCCCCUGGAGGAUCUUAACUGCACAAAAAUAGCUACUACUCUAGAAUUGGACCAAACUGAAGCUGAUGCUGACGGGAAGAAUUGUUCUUGUUCUGCUCCCAGUUCUGGUGCAAAGAAGAGAAGGGUAUGGGAUGCUUCCCAUACCUCACUAAACUCAAAGAAAGUAAAGGGAGCUCAUCUAAGUUCUUGUGAGUUAGAUUCUAGAGAUUGUCUUGUGGAUGGAAGCUCUUUGGCCUCUUACACAAACAAAAUUUUGCCUAAUGUUGCUACCAAGGGUCCUUUAAGUCACACUUUUGCAGAUGGGAAUGACGAUGAUAAUGAAAUCAGUAAUUUUGCAUUACAAAAUCUCAGCAAAGAGGAGAAUUUAACAAGGCCAAAUUGCUACAAAAUUAUGCUCAUGAAUAUUGCUGAUAAAGCUAAGCAAUUCCGUCUGACCAAGAUUAUUAAAGAACUUGGUGGGGAUGUUAUUACAGAUGGAAGUCUCGCAACCCAUGUGAUCACUGGAAAAGUGAGGAGAACUUUAAAUUUCUGCACAGCGCUUUGCUGUGGAGCUUGGGUGAUAUCAGCAUGCUGGUUGAAAGAAAGUUAUCGGCAGGGCAGAUUUGUUGAUGAAAGGCCUUUUCUUCUGACAGACAAUGAGUACGAAGUGAAGUAUAGAAUUGAGCUACAAACUGCAGUUUUUAGAGGAAAGGCAAAUCCUCAAGCUUUGCUUCGUGGGUAUGAUAUAUGUGUCUCAGCCAAUGUCCAACCUCCAGCAAGUACCAUAUCAAAAAUUGCUACAUGUGCUGGUGGAAAGGUCAUCCAUGGCAUUGAUGAAAUGAAUGAAGCGUCAAAAACAAUAUAUGUCGCAAGUGAAGUGGAGAUGAAGGAAGCACUUGUUGCUGUGAACAGGGGAAUAUGGACUUUCAGCUCAGAGUGGUUUAUGAAUUGUGUGAUGAAGCAAGAACUAGACUUUGACGCUCCCCAGUUUGCAGAAUCUCUUUAAUCUCUUGCUGACUUCUAAAACUCAUUUAGCAGACAGCAAGUAGAGUUGCAAAUAUGGAUGUAGAUAUAUUUAUAAAUGCCUUGAAGGUUUGAAAUCAAAUUUUUGGUAUACAUUGAACUGCUAAACACAGCCUGGUUUUUGGGUUUUGUCCUCUAUAAUUUGUCAAACUCAUCAGCCGUUUUGGCCGGUGGUAUUAUUAGAAGUUCUUCUUAGUUUUA